AUGUCUGCCAAUAUAGAUUCCGAAACCCUCAAGCAGUAUUUGGCAGACAGCCCACCCACCGUCGUCCCCCUCGCCAUCAAACCCCACUUCGACGCCCUAUCCGACAAGGAGAAGCUCUACGCCCACCACAUCUCGAGAGCCUGCUUUGCGGGUACUCGCAUCGUCCUGCGCCAGGUCUCACCCGAAUCCGAACACAUCUAUGACUUCAUAGUCGCGCUACAUAGGCAUGCCAACGCUGACUACGCGGCACUUGCCAAAGAAGCAGGUCUCGCGCAGGACGAGAUUAAUGCAUACCUCGACUACGCGGCGCAGUUUCUAGGAAACAACGGCAACUACAAGUCCUUCGGAGACUCCAAGUUCGUCCCCCGUCUAGACCCUCGGCAGCUGAAGGCGCUGGCAACCGUGUCCAAGGAGACGCUAGGCCUAUACGACAAGUUCAAAGAUGCCAUAUACGCCGGCACGGAUGUAGCCAAGCUGCACCUGGGCUACCCCGGCGCAGGCCAUGUAUCGACAUACUACCCUGACAGCCCGGACAUUACAAAGGAGGAGAUUGCGCGUGUAAGCGACUUCCUCGAAAGCAAGGGUCUGCUACCAGAGAACACAAGAGUCAAGAAGACAGGUGAUGGCUUCGACGUCCUCAUCGCUUCAGCUUUAGACAGCCCAUCAUCCGAACAGCGGGACCUAAAGGAGAGUGAAUGGACGCUAGACGACGGCAAGAAGGUAAAGCUCGUCUUUGGCGACUAUUCGAAAGAGAUGGACACAAUUGCACACCAUAUUGAGCAAGCGAAAAAGCAUGCUGCAAACGACCACGAGGUCGAAAUGAUGGAAGAGUACGCGAAAAGCUUCAGGACUGGCUCAUUACAAGCUUUCAAGAAGAGCCAGAUGGCCUGGGUUCAAGAUAAGGGACCCGAAGUCGAGUCGGACAUUGGCUUCAUCGAGACAUACCGCGAUCCACACGGCAUUCGAGGCGAGUGGGAAGGCUUCGUUGCCAUGGUGAACAAGGAGCGGACGAAAGCUUUUGGGAAGCUGGUAGAAACCGCGCCAAAGUACAUUCCUUUAUUGCCCUGGGAUAAGUCUUUCGAAAAGGACAAGUUUCUCAGCCCAGAUUUCACCUCUCUGGAGGUUCUCACAUUCGCUGGCAGUGGCAUCCCGGCCGGUAUUAACAUCCCCAAUUAUGACGACAUUCGACAAAACUUUGGCUUCAAGAACGUCUCCCUCGGUAACAUCCUCUCCGCCAAAGCACCGAAUGAGGCUAUCCCCUUCAUUAAGGAGAAGGACCUCGCAACCUACCAGAAGUACCGCGACCCUGCCUUCGAAGUCCAGGUCGGCCUACACGAGCUCCUCGGCCAUGGCUGCGGCAAGCUUCUCCAAGAGACUGAACCCAACGUCUUCAAUUUCGACAAAGAGAAUCCUCCCAUCUCCCCUUUGUCCGGCAAGCCUAUCACCACCUGGUACAAGCCUGGUCAAACUUGGGGGUCAACUUUUGGCACCAUCGCCGCCUCGUACGAGGAAUGCCGUGCUGAAUGUGUAGCCAUGGCACUUUCCUGCGAGUUCCCUAUCCUGAAACUCUUUGGCUUCGGUGAUGGCACAGCCGAUGUCAACAGCGAGGCGGGCGAUGUGCUAUUCACAGCAUAUCUCCAGAUGGCACGCGCGGGUAUUGCUGCGCUCGAAUUCUGGGACCCCAAGAGCAGAAAGUGGGGUCAAGCGCAUAUGCAGGCCCGAUUUUCCAUCCUCCGCACCUUCCUCAACGCCGGCGUCGAGUUUUGCCAGCUCGAGUGGGAGAAGGAUGAUCUUUCCGACCUUACCAUUCGUCUGGAACGCGAUCGUAUCCUCGAUCUGGGCCGACCCGCCGUUGAUGACUACCUUCAAAAACUGCACAUUUACAAGGCUACCGCUGAUGUCAAGGCUGCUAAGAGGAUGUAUGAUGAAAUCACAGAUGUAGAGCCUUUCUACGAGAAUUUCGUCCGGCCGGCGGUGCUCAAACAGAAGACGCCGAGGAAGGUCUUUGUGCAGGCGAACACGGUGGAGAAGGAUGGCAAGGUAGAGUUGGUCGAGUAUGAGGCUACUACCAAGGGCAUGAUCCAGAGCUGUGCGGAGAGAGACUAUGUGUAAAUGACGAUGUGUAAAUGGACGCGACUACAUGAGUUGAACGUGGCCUUGGAAACGAGGUAGGACAUGGGCCAUGAAUGGACCGGUUCAAUUUCAAGCGUGCAG